UGCCUGUGAGGAAUAUCCAGCUCUCGUAGGCAUGUCCAGCGAAGUUUACUAAGGAGAUCAAGUGAUAUAAGAUUGACUCCAUGCGAAAUGCUUUGCAGAGUUCAUUUGCAACUCUCGCCUGAUGAGCGCAAAUAAAAAACUGGAGGAUGGCAAAGGCGCUGGUUCAGGUGGUUCUGAUUUCGGUGGCCGUACUUGGUUGCAAGGCUGACCGUGAUUUUAUCACAGAUGGUGAAUACAUCAAGGUCAAACGUAGCUCAUUUCCAGUCCUGUUAGUGUUCACUUUCCUGAUAUUCUGUUUCACCUUCGCGAUCAUCAGAUGCCUGAGAAACAAUAACAAAGCCAAUGAAACCAGCAUCGAUUCACUAAAAUCAUCUCAAGUCAACAAGGUGCAUGGGGAGGUGAUCAACAGGUGGUCAGGGCUGUACAAAUUCACCAAGGCUGAGAUCGAGAGGGCGAUCAACUACGCGAACAGCAGGAUCUACCUCGGGUCCGGUAGCGCCGGCCAGGUGUACCAAGGGGUGCUACCGAGCGGUCAGCUGGUCGCGAUCAAGCACAUCCACAAGACGGCGAUGUCGGGGUCCUUCAUGAGGGAGGUGGAGCAGCUGUCCAAGGUGAGGCACCCCAACCUGGUGUGCCUCUUUGGGUACUGUGAUGAGGAGGGAGACCAGUACCUGGUGUAUGAGUAUUGUGCCAAUGGCAACCUGGCUCAGAACUUACUGAGAAGUGACUCUGUACUCCCAUGGGAAACAAGAGUGAAGAUCUUGAGGGACUGUGCAUCUGUCCUGAGGUUUCUCCAUACACAUCCUGAUGGAUGCAUUGUUCAUAGAGACAUCAAGCUCACAAACAUCUUGCUCACAGAGAACAAGGAUCCUAAGCUAUCCGAUUUCGGGCUGGCGAAAAUGCUGGAAAUGGAGGAGACCAAGGUGUUCACAGAUGUGAGGGGAACCAUUGGGUACAUGGAUCCCGAGUACAUCACACACUCGAAGCUCACUUGUGCCAGUGACAUAUACAGCUUCGGUGUGGUUGCACUGCAGCUUUUGUCAGGAAGGAAGGUCAUAGAACUCGACAUUGUUGCGCGUGAUUCUCUUACGAAGAAGGCCAAGGAUGUUGUGAGUGGGAAAAAAGCACUGGAAGAAUUCAUAGACCAACGGGUUAGAGAUGAGGUUAUCAUAGAAGAUUUCGUGUUGAUACUGAAAAUCGUAGUCCUUUGUGUGGCGAGCUCGAGUAUUGGACGUCCGACUAUAAAGGAUGUGUUUGAGGAGAUGGACAAAGCAUGGAGAAAUACAACCAUAAAGACUAGGGCAAGGAAGGAGAUCAAUGCAUCAAACUUGGUCGUCCAAUAUGCAGAAGUGCUGGAUGUGUAGGCCUCAUUUUAUAUGCACAGUUACAACCAUGGCAUGGAAUUUCCAAUGGAGCACUUUUUUACAUGGGUUGUGGAAGAUGCUCUGUGGUGAGCUAAUUUGCAAAGGAGCGAUCGAUGUACCUGCAACACUAGUUUUCUACAAUAGUAUCUGCCUAUGGGUGCAUGU